CUGGGGGGUUCACUCAGUCUUGAACCACCCGGCCGGCCGCGCGCACCGCGAGCGAGGCAUCCGGCACACCGCGGGCCAGAGCGGCUCAGAGGCAGACGGACGCGGUACCCGCUCGCCGCGACCAAGUAUACCUUGCAAUUUUUUCAAAGUGUCAGAGAGACGGCUCAUGAUCAGUGUCGCUUGAGGAGGUGAGUGCCAGCCUUUGGCUCUCGUCCGGCCGCAUCAGCGCCUGCCGGUGCAGCACCGAAGGAAGGCCGGUGGGCGGGCAGCGCGCGCCACGCCCCGCCACCCGCCAGCAUGCCCACCCGGCAUCACCUAGUGGCCCCGGCGGCCAUGGCCUCGGCGGACAAGGGAUCGCCCGAGCGCGGCGGCGGCGACGGCUCGGACAAGCCGGCCGGGUCGUCGCCCACGGUCCGGACGCGCUCCGGGGAGGUGCGGGGCCUGCGCGAGCGCACCCACCACGGCACGGUCUACUUCAGCUUCAGGGGCGUCCCGUACGGCGCGCCUCCCACCGGCGAGAUGCGAUUUAAGGCGCCGCGGCCCGCUGAGCCUUGGACCGGGGUCCGCGACGCGACCAAGCCGGGGCCGCCCAGCUACCAGGCCUUUUCAAUCCCACCCUUUGGUCCGGCGUCGUGGAGCAGGCGGGAGGUGGUCUCCUUCAUCAAGACGGUCCCCACGCUGCUGCGGGUCGGCAUCCAGCUGCUCUCCGCCUCGGAGGACAGCCUGUACGCCAACGUGUUCACGCCGCAGCUCCCGACGACGGGCAGGUGCAAGCCCAUGCCCGUCAUGGUGUUCAUCCACGGCGGCGGAUUUCGGCUGGGCGACGGCGACUUCCUGUACGGCCCCGAUUACCUCAUGGACGCUGGCGGGCUGGUCCUCGUCACCUUCAACUACCGCCUCGGGCCCAUGGGCUUCCUGUCCGUGGGCACGGAGGCGGCGCCGGGCAACGCGGGCCUCAAGGACCAGGUGCUGCUGCUGCACUGGGUGCGCGACAACAUAGCGGCGUUCGGCGGCGACCCCAACCAGGUGACCCUGGCGGGCGAGAGCGCGGGCGGCGUGUCCGUCCACCUGCACAUGCUGUCGCCGCAGUCCAGGGGCCUGUUCCACCGGGCCAUCGCCUCGUCCAGCCUGGCCGGCAGCGAGUGGGCGCACGAGGAGAACCCCCUGGAGCACGCGCGUCAGCUGGCCAAGCACCUUGGCGUCGAGGACUCGGACCCGGACGCCAUGGUGCGGAGGCUGCGUUACCUGCCGGCGAGGGACAUCAUCCGCGCCUUCGACUCGCACAUGCACCACCCGUUCACUCCUCGCCUCAGCCUGGGCAUGUACUUCGUGCCCGUGGUGGAGCCGCCGCACCCGGGCGCCUUCCUCACCGAGGACCCCCUCCGGAUGCUGGCCGAGGGCAAGCAGGUCCAGAUGCCGUUCCUGACCGGCCACAACAGCAGGGAGGGCCUCCUCAUCUUCCUCGGCAUCGGCGACGGCAAGCUGGGCCCCAAACCCCGCCGCAGGCAGAGGGCCUUGAUGAGGAAGUGCGCGAAGCAGCGCCCCGAGGCCUUCCUGCCGUGCGACUUCCACCGCGGCCUCGACGCGGCCGACCGGGACGCCGUCGGCAGGGAGGUGCUGCGGCACUACUUCGGCGAGGAGGGUCCCGGCCCGGACAAGUUCGACGAGUUCAUCGACCUCUUCGGCGACACCAUGUUCGCCAUCCCCGUGCUGAGGGGCAGCGGGGCCCACGCUGCCAGCAGCACCGCGCCCGUCUACCACUACUACUUCAACCACGACGGCGAGCUGGGUGCCUUUAAGGCCACGUUCAAAGCGCACGAUUAUGAAGGUGCCUCCCACGCCGACGACCUCGGGUACCUGUUCCGGAGCGGCAGCCUGGCCGCGUGUCACCGGCGCCCCCUGCACCGCGACGAGCAGUGCCGACGGAACAUGGUCACGCUGUGGUCCAGCUUCGUCAGGACGGGGGUACCCACUGCAGCCGGGUUAGAGGGUGAUGCGUGGACAGCUCGAUCCGCACAACAACUGCGAUUCCUCGAGAUCUCCGACAAGCUAGUCAUGAGGACGGGGGCGCCGUACCCGCGCCUUUCGUUUUGGAACGACAUGUACAAGAAAUAUUUACACGUCAGCUUGUUUUAGAAAUGAUGUGUGUUCAACGUUUGAACAUAUCGCUGCGGAACUGAUUUGAAACAUUAUCCCACCCAACUUGAGGCUGUGACUUCCAACUUGUUGGACCAAAGUUUUAUCUAAUUAUCAUUCAACCACAAAAAGAUUUUUUUCAAAAUAAAAUAGUGAAAAUA